GUGUUCCGGCAGGACAUAGCAGCAGUCGGACUUGUCCUGCAGAAAUGCCUUCACAGCAGAGCCAUUCUUCAAAUUCACUGAAAUGCGACACAGUCUAGUUAUUCGUCUGAUUUCAUGAUUUGAGCACCGCUACUGCAAGAGGAGACAUGACGGAUGAUGCCACUGCCAUUUCUUUCUCACAGUAACCCGGCUUAGCUACCGUCUUCACUGUGGUGAUAUUUUCAAGGAGCUUUCUGAAAUGAAUUUUCUGCGCAAUCGUAUUGUUGUUCUGGGCUUGGUUCUACUGGCCACAUUAUUGCUGUACCUGCUAUUGCCAGCCAUUCGCCAAGGAAGUAUGGAGCCUUCACUAGAGGCGCAGAAGAUGGGACUCUCAGCCACCUCUCCUCCACUAGUGCCGAGUGUCAAUGUAUCUAUUCGCACUGGACAGCUGCCUGGAGACCCCCCUUUGUUCUUUAGAGAGGCGUUACCUGUAGAUGCUGCUGGCCGCCAAAUAUUACCUAGGUUACAGAUUGUUAUGCUACAUGGCCAGGCCUUCACCUCCAAAACAUGGGAAGAACUGGGAACAAUGUCCAUACUGGCUACUCAUGGAUAUCAGACUCUGGCUGUGGAUCUGCCAGGUUAUGGAAAAUCACCUGACUCAGAGUCCUUGAAAACAGACCAAAGUAGGGUGGAUCUUCUUUCCCGGUUCAUGGAGUCAUUGGGGGUCAGGUCUGCAGUGCUUGUGAGCCCCUCCAUGAGUGGACACUACUCUAUCCCAUUCCUCAUGAAGAACAGUGCAAAGCUACAAGCAUUUAUUCCUAUAGCACCUGUUGGAACCAGAAGUUAUACUCAACAGCAGUACCAAAACAUCCAGACUCCCACUCUGAUUGUGUUUGGGGCAUUGGACACAAAUCUGGGUGCACAAUCGCACAAAAACCUGCUGCAGCUUCCACAUACGUCUGUGCUUAAACUGGAAGGAGCUCGUCACGCCUGCUACAUGGACAAGCCCAAAGAGUUUCACCAGGGACUGAUUGACUUCCUCAGAAAUGUUUAAAGUGUGUUUAUAUAAGCAUGGAUAAAAAAAUAAUAAUUAAUGCUGUUGACAUAGUUAAAGAAAGGUUGUACAGUUCAAGAGGAAGGUAGCAUCUGUUAUAACGCACUUAAUAUUUCCAGUGUUAACUAAACCCACAUUUGCAGAUCGCCUCAUUAACAUAACCACAGGCUUUUUAUUGGAGGGCUUUAUUUUGUUGUGUGCAUUGUGUUUCUGCAUGUUAAAAAUGAAAAGUGUUUAGCUUCGUUGCCAUUUCUGUAGGUGACAUGUAACUUAUUGUAAAUAUGUAUUCAGCAGAUGUGCAUUGUUUAUGUAACUUAUUUUGCUAUACAGUAGAGCAGAUUAAAUUUUAUUUAUCUUCCAUUAGUACUCCAUCUUCCCAUAAAACAUGAUUCUAAACAAAAGCGGAUGCAAUAAAAGAUAACAUGCUUA